AUGUCGCAUGAGUUAAACUUGGACGCAUUUUGCAGUAAUCCUUCUGUGGCGGAGCUACAAACUGCCAAAUUCUCUGACAAAGACCCCGAAACUUUCUUUGGACAGUUCGAGGACACAGCAGUACAUUUUGAACUGCCCCGAGAAGACUGGCCUUGGCUUCUUAAACCCAAACUCAGCCAAAAGGCUUUAACUAUUUUGAACGGCCUCGAAAACAACACGGAUUACGACUGUGUCAAACAGGGCAUCCUAGCGGCGUACUCCAUUACCACAGAAGGAUACCGUCAGUCUUUUCGAAAAAUGUUCAAAACUCCGCAACAAACCUAUCUAGAGUUUGCCUCAGAGAAACUGAGGGCUCUCAAGCGUUGGCUUAAGUCAGCCGCGAUAACCACGUACGACGAAUUAGUAAAUCUCUUAGCCUUAGAAGAGUUCAUGCGUAAGCUCCCUUACUCAGUAAUGUUACACAUCACCAACAAAGAAGAAACAGAUCUUCUCAAAGUCGCUCAGUUAGCGGACCUUUUCUCCCUGGUGAAUCGCAAGGCAACCUCAGACAAGCUGACCGAGACUCCUAGUGGUAAGAUAAACUCGGGUAACUCAGGGGUUGGUAAAAUGACCGGCAGUAGUACUCGACCACCUCUAUUUUGUGCUUUUUGUAAACAGCCGGGGCACCUCAUAAAGAACUGUCCUAAUCCCAAGUGCAAGGUAGCUCAAACAUAUCCUGCCAAGCCAGUUGCUUCCAUACAAGCUCUUCCCUCCUUCCCUGUACCUAAAGACUUGUUUGAGCCUUUCAGGUCUGUAGGCACCAUCAGCAUUGAUAACAAGGAUCACCCAGUUAAGAUUGUCAAGAGACACCUGUUCAGCUCAGUCCCUAGUGCUGAAGUCAGCAGUCCCUGGUAUUGAACAGUGUUACACAGGUGAAAAGGUAUAUUUAAAAGACUUCCAUGACCCCUUCCCCAUUGCAUUAGCUAAAGUACAUCUUGAUAGCCCACUAGUAAGAGGUGAAGUGAUAAUAGGAGUUAGUGAAGAACCAGCCUUACCCAUCCCUAAUGCUCAACUACUCCUCGCUAAUGACCUAGCUGGCAGUAAGGUGACUCCCCCUUUGGUAAUUAGUGACACAAUGCUGAUGGAUAACCCCACUGUACAGUUAGAAGAGCAACAACCAGGCUUAUUCCCUGUUUGUGCCACUAUUCGUGCACAAGCAAGGAAAUCUGAUCAGUCUUUCUCACUUCCAAAGAAGAGCCCAUCCCCACUUGAACUCAAUCAAAUAUUUUCUGAAAAACUUCUCACUGAGGCUCAACAGGAAGACACUACUUUGACUCAAUUUCAUGACAAGGUUAUCCCUCCAGAUCAAAUUACUCAUUACCCUGCCUUUUACAAACAGGAUGGAGUUCUCAUGAGUGUUCCGGCCCUCUAAGGUCCCAGAAUGUGCUCAGCCGUCUGCAGGAAGCGAACCUCACCGUGAAGCUGGCGAAGUCUACGUUCGGAGCUGCCACCGCUUGAGUCACGGCGUCUCAACUUGCUGCCUCGAGCCGGAAGACGCUGAUUCCACAUCCUCAUGCUUUUUUUUUUUUUUUUUUUUUAUGUAGGAAGGAUACUGGCCAAGGGCAACAAAAAUCUAAUAAAAAAAAAAAUGCCCACUGAAAUGCCAGUCCCUUAAAAGGGUCAAAGCAGUGGUCAAAAAUUGGUGGAUGCCAGUCCCUUAAAAGGGUCAAAGCAGUGGUCAAAAAUUGGUGGAUAAGUGUCUUGAAACCUCCCUCUUGAAGGAAUUCAAGUCAUAGGAAGGUGGAAAUACAGAAGCAGGCAAGGAGUUCCAGAGUUUACCAGAGAAAGGGAUGAAUGAUUGAGAAUACUGGUUAACUCUUGCGUUAGAGAGGUGGACAGAAUAGGAGUGAGAGAAAGAAGAAAGUCUUGUGCAGCGAGGCCGCGGGAGGAGGGGAGGCAUGCAGUUAGCAAGAUCAGAAGAGCAGUUGGCAUGAAAAUAGCGGUAGAAGACAGCUAGAGAUGCAACAUUGCGGCGGUGAGAGAGGGGCUGAAGACAGAGGAGAGGAGUUGAUGAGACGAAAAGCUUUUGAUUCCACCCUGUCUAGAACAGCAGUAUGAGUGGAACCCCCCCAGACAUGUGAAGCAUACUCCAUACAUGGACGGAUAAGGCCCUUGUACAGAGUUAGCAGCUGGGGGGGUGAGAAAAACUGGCGGAGACGUCUCAGAACACCUAACUUCAUAGAAGCUGUUUUAGCUAGAGAUGAGAUGUGAAGUUUCCAGUUCAGAUUAUAAGUAAAGGACAGACCGAGGAUGUUCAGUGUAGAAGAGGGGGACAGUUGAGUGUCAUUGAAGAAAAGAGGAUAGUUGUCUGGAAGAUUGUGUCGAGUUGAUAGAUGGAGGAAUUGAGUUUUUGAGGCAUUGAACUAUACCAAGUUUGCUCUGCCCCAAUCAGAAAUUUUAGAAAGAUCAGAAGUCAGGCGUUCUGUGGCUUCCCUGCGUGAUAUGUUUACCUCCUGAAGGGUUGGACGUCUAUGAAAAGACGUGGAAAAGUGCAGGGUGGUAUCAUCAGCAUAGGAGUGGAUAGGACAAGAAGUUUGGUUUAGAAGAUCAUUAAUGAAUAAUAAGAAGAGAGUGGGUGACAGGACAGAACCCUGAGGAACACCACUGUUAAUAGAUUUAGGAGAAGAACAGUGACCGUCUACCACAGCAGCAAUAGAACGGUCAGAAAGGAAACUUGAGAUGAAGUUACAGAGAGAAGGAUAGAAACCGUAGGAGGGUAGUUUGAAAAUCAAAGCUUUGUGCCAGACUCUAUCAAAGGUUUUUGAUAUGUCCAAGGCAACAGCAAAAGUUUCACCGAAGUCUCUAAAAGAGGAUGACCAAGACUCAGUAAGGAAAGCCAGAAGAUCACCAGUAGAGCGGCCUUGACGGAACCCAUACUGGCGAUCAGAUAGAAGGUUGUGAAGUGAUAGAUGUUUAAGAAUCUUCCUGUUGAGGAUAGAUUCAAAAACUUUAGAUAAGCAGGAAAUUAAAGCAAUAGGACGGUAGUUUGAGGGACUAGAACGGUCACCCUUUUUAGGAACAGGUUGAAUGUAGGCAAACUUCCAGCAAGAAGGAAAGGUAGAUGUUGACAGACAGAGCUGAAAGAGUUUGACUAGGCAAGGUGCAAGCACGGAGGCAGAGUUUCGGAGAACAAUAGGAGGGACCCCAUCAGGUCCAUAAGCCUUCCGAGGGUUUAGGCCAGCGAGGGCAUGAAAAACAUCAUUACGAAGAAUUUUAAUACCUUUAUGCGCCUUAAUGAACCUUUAUGCGUCACCUCAUGAAUACUGACUGGAUCAUCUGUUUCUUCCUUUUUCCAGAACCCCGCGUGGCUGUAGUGCAUCCCCUCUUAUGCUGUUGUCCUGCUUGAUAUGCUGCGGUGGAGCUUCUAUCGUCCUGGAAGAGCAAGGAAGGGCAGCACGAUAAGCCUUUGUGUAACAUGUCCUGCCUGUGUUUCAGCGGCAGCCAUGGAGAGUCUAGUUUAUAAUUCCGAGAUGCAGGGAAGGGAAGAAAUAACGUCACAUUUGUGUAGAGACGGGAGGGAAGAAGGGAUGGAGGGAAUAAAUAGUUCAACAAACAUAUCUAUUAGAUUUUAGUUUCGUUGCAUCAGAUUGUCUAGGGUUACUCUAGUUAAAUAGUUCUCGUCUUACUGUAAUUUCCAGUCAAGAGUAAUUCAACGCUUGAUUUCAGCGUGGCGGUAAGAACUAUAGAGGGAAUGAUGAAACUCGAAAAGGUAGAAGCCACGCUAAACUUUGGCAUCUCAGCUGUACAGAGGCCAGGAGUUCAUUUGUUAUUUAAUAUCGAUAAAUUGCAAUUUAAUAUCGAUAAAUUGCAAUUUAAUAUCGAUAAAUGCAAAGUCCUUAGCGUAGGUAGAGGAAACCCACACAAUAGGUACACAUUAAACACCCAAACUCUGGUAGGUACAGGGUACGAGAAAGAUUUAGGAGUUAUAGUUAGCUCUGAACUCCGUCUAGGGAAACAAUGCAUAGAAGCCAGAAACAAGGCAAAUAGGGUACUAGGAUUCAUUUUUAGGAGUGUUAAAAGUAGAAGGCCGGAAGUAAUAUUAAAGUUAUACUUGGCGCUGGUCAGACCUCAUCUAGACUACGCUGUGCAGUUCUGGUCCCCACAUUACAGGAAAGAUAUAGGUCUAUUAGAAUCAGUACAGAGGAGAAUGACUAAAAGGAUACAGGGGAUGAGGAGUAUUCCUUACGAAGCGAGGUUGAAGCGGUUAAAUUUACAUUCUCUAGAGAGACGUAGGUUAAGAGGGGACCUGAUAGAAGUCUUUAAGUGGUAUAAGGGUUAUAACAAGGGAGAUGUAAGCAAAAUUCUUAGGAUCAGCAACCAGGGUAGAACAAGAAAUAACGGGUUCAAGCUUGAAAAAUUUAGGUUUAGGAAGGAGAUAGGAAAAAAUUGGUUCUCGAAUAGAGUGGUAGAUGAGUGGAACGGACUCAGUAAUCAUGUAGUUAGUGCUAGGACACUAGAGAGCUUUAAGAGAAGAUUAGACAAGUUUAUGGAUGGGGAUAACAGAUGGAAAUAGGUAGGAGUGUUUCAUACAGGGACUGCCACGUGUAAGCCUGGUCGCUUCUUGCAGCUUCCCUUAUUUCUUAUGUUCUUAUGUUCUUAUUUGUGGUUAAGGUCAAAACUUGUGGUCUUUCAUAUUUUAUAAAGGAACACUUUUCAAUAAAGGGCCAGAAAGCC